AGUGCUGAGCCACAGGUUCGCCACUCAGACCCACACCUCUCUCCUCGAGCAUUCGCUAGGUGAGGCUCUCGCCAGUACCAACGGGAUUCACUCAUGAACCCGUCCCAGCAGAAUCACUUUCUGGAAAUAGGCAAGAAGAACUGCUGUGUGUUCCGGGAUGAAUUCAUUGCCAGGGUGCUGCCGCCGGUGGUGGGGCUGGAGUUUGUGUUCGGGCUCCUGGGAAAUGGCCUUGCCCUGUGGAUUUUCUGCUUCCACCUCAAGUCCUGGAAAUCCAGCAGGAUCUUCCUGUUCAACUUGGCUGUGGCUGACUUUCUCUUGAUCAUCUGCCUGCCCUUCCUGGCGGACAACUACGUGAGGAAGUGGGACUGGAGGUUUGGCGACAUCCCCUGCCGGCUGAUGCUCUUCAUGCUGGCCAUGAACCGCCAGGGUAGCAUCAUCUUCCUCACGGUGGUGGCCGUGGACAGGUAUUUCCGAGUGGUUCAUCCCCACCACGCUCUGAACAAGAUCUCCAACCGGACGGCGGCCAUCAUCUCCUGCCUCCUGUGGGGCGUCACUAUCGGCUUGACGGUCCACCUCCUGUACACAAAGAUGCUGAUCAGGAACCACGAUUCGAAUUUGUGCAGUAGCUUCAGCAUCUGCCAUACCUUCCGCUGGCACGAUGCCAUGUUCCUCCUGGAGUUCUUCCUGCCCCUGGGCAUCAUCCUGUUCUGCUCCGCCAGAAUCAUCUGGAGCCUGCGGCAGCGGCAAAUGGACAGGCAUGCCAAGAUAAAGAGGGCCAUCAACUUCAUCCUGGUGGUGGCCAUCGUCUUCGUCAUCUGCUUCCUGCCCAGCGUGGCCGUGCGCAUCCGCAUUUUCUGGCUCCUGCGCACGGCUGGGACCCAGGACUGCAAAAUCUACCAGUCCGCUGACCUGGCGUUUUACGUCACCCUCAGCUUCACCUACAUGAACAGCAUGCUGGACCCGCUGGUGUAUUACUUCUCCAGCCCAUCCUUCCCCAGCUUCUUCUCCAGCUUGAUCAACCGCUGUCUGCGGAGGAAGAUGCCGGAGGAGUCAGAUAAUAACCGCAGUACCAGCGUCGAGCUCACGGGGGAAACGAGUACUUCCAGGAAUGUCCCUGACGCCUUAAUGGCCGACCCGGGUAAGCCGUGGAGCCCCUGUUGUCUGACUCCAGCCUCUAGUUAAAAUAACCAAGCCAAGAAGGGAGAUGGUCACCAGGGACCAAGAUCGCUGGAGAAGCAGUUUGGCGGGUGCUCGGAGUAACACGUUAGCCCUGGCCCGCGGUUUCCCAGAACUUCCGGAUGUGGAGGACCAGGUUUAGAGAACUGGUGUGGCAGCUUGGGCUGCUUGGUUGCCGAGUGUCUCCACCGGAAUCUUGGGGGAAUAGAGGAUGAAGCUUCUCGGCGUCUGAAACGGCUCUUCAGUCUCAGACACUUGCAGAACCGAAGAUGGCGAAGCUGCCCACGUUCCUGCCGCGCAGAGCUGGAGCCACCCACGGAGACGCCCGUCCGCGCCUGUGGCUCGCCGGCCUCUGUCCUUCACCUGCCUGAGACUUGGAUGGUUCUCGGCUCCUGGGGCGAUGCCUGGCCUGUUUGUGGGCUCCUGCUGGGAUGAGGCGAGCUAAGCGAUUGGCGGGGAAUUAUUGCUCCUGGAGGGAACCCAGGCAUCGUGAAACAAGCCAGUAGGUCAUCUGGGUUCUGUGAGAUCCAUUCACCUUUCAGCCAAGCUUUAGCAGAAGCAGACUAGGCAGAGACUCAUGAGCUUUGGUUAAUAUCUGAGUGUCCAGUGAUGGUAAGAAGGGGAUGAGCCCCAGAAGGGACUGAGCAAAAACAGUGUUACUAAGGGAAAGGAAAUGGCAUUUGUGCUACAACUUGCAAGGAAUCCAUUCUCCUCUUUGCACUGAUUUGAAGGGUGAGCAGUUAAAAGACUUUAGGCAAGAGAGCUGCUUCCCACCUCUGUUUGCUUUUAUCAUUAAAAGGAAAAUGCUGCCCAACUGUUAGAGGAGAGAAAGAGUCCUCCUGGUUCAUUUGCUUUUGUUUCUGUACUUAACAAGAAAUCUACCACUUCAAUAAACUUUGAUAUGAGGCACA